UGCCGCUUGCCACAUCUGGAGACGCUUCUCAACACGAGAAACUUCAACUUUUACGUUUUACUCUGCGCAGAAACACUCAGGCGUUUUGCGAAUUUGGGCUUUUCCCUUGAUAGUAAGUAGAGAUUCUUGAAGUGUAGUUGGCGUCUCUCUCUCUUUCUCUGAGCUUUUUUUUUUAAACAUUUUAUUUUAUUCUACAACACCAUUGGUAAACAGAGCCCGUUUCUGGGGGAGUUUCAUACAUUCGGUGGCUGCUUGAACUGCCACGCUAGAUUGUUUUACAGCUGAACGCGUUUUUUAUUUUAUUUUUUAUUUUAUUUUAAUGGAGAUAACAUUAACGCCACAUUUCCAUGUUUCGUUUUCAUAACGCGUAGACAAGAAAAGUGAAGCGCAUUGGCGCAUUGGCAUUGGAGUAGAUUUACGCAUUCAUGAAAAGUUUCAUUUCACACUCUGCUCUGUCACACGAUUGUCUUUUUAUUGUUAAAUGCUUUAAGUAAACCCUGUCCGAGACCCUGCUGCUCCACUGCCACGAUAGUAGAUGGCUGCGUUGAUGGUGACAUGAGUCAGAGGGAGUCAAAUUGUGAAAUUUAACAGCGACUGGUGAUGGAGUGAUGUAUUUCGGGCUUAUUUUUGUCCAACACUGAUCUAACAUUUGGAAAGGGAAGACUGGAAUAAGCCAUAAGGCGCACAGCUCCAUACUGAAGUGUUUAAGUUAGUCUGAGGGGAAAUUUAAAAGACCUAAAAAUACAGCGUUGGUUUCUUCCCUACAAAGAAUCAUUUGAACUUCCCACCGCAGAGCGAGAGCGACAUAAAUAGUUCUGACAUGUGGAUGUAAUUUCAGAAGAGGAAAAAAGACAGAUGCAGAGAAAUAAAGAGAGCGGGCUGAGCCUGAGCAUAUAGUAGAUGAUAGGAAAUUAAAUCGAGGGCAGAGCGAGGCGAUUACAGAGUUAUGAUUUUCACGAGUAGCCAUAAGCACCGAGAGGCCAGAUGGAGUAAAAAAACACAACUCGCUCCACUUUGAAGAGAGUUAAGUUGCUUAAAUCAUUUCAUCUGAGCAUCAUCAGCAUCUGUUCGAGCCCCGCAAGGACUCUUGGAGGUAGAGUUGCCUCAGGUCAGGGAUGGGAUCCGCUCUGAUGCUCCACAAUCUGCUGGACUUUCUUCUCAUCUCACUACUCAGCAGUUUAUGCCUGGUUUCUGCAGAUGAUGUGCUCACAAAAGAGGAACAGAUAGGCCUGUUGUUCAGAGCCAAACGGCACUGUGAGGGGGACAUCACAAGAAGGCAGAACAUUCCUGAUGGUUUCUGCUCACCAGAAUGGGACGGCAUUGUUUGUUGGCCUGAAGGGCGUCCAGGAAAGAAUGUGUCCAUCGUCUGUCCAGCGUAUAUCUAUGACUUCAACCAUAAAGGACUGGCAUACCGUCAGUGUGAAAGCAACGGAACGUGGAAGCAGACCGAAACAAACAAGACGUGGGCCGAUUACAGCGAAUGUACAAAAUUCCUCCACCAUUUGAACAAUACCCAUGAAAAGGAGGUCUUUCACCGUCUGUAUCUCAUUUACACAGUUGGGUACUCCAUCUCUCUGGGAUCACUCAUGGUGGCUGUCGUUAUAUUGGGAUAUUUCCGACGAUUACACUGCACCAGGAACUACAUCCACAUGCACCUUUUUGUGUCCUACAUGCUUAGAGCUAUAAGUAUUUUCGUGAAGGAUAUCGUGCUAUAUUCUGGAUCGGCCUUAGAGAACAUGGACAUGAACAUCUCUGUGGAGGACCUCAAGUCCAUCACUGAAGCUCCGCCAGCCAACAAAACACAGUUUAUUGGCUGCAAGGUGGUGGUGACCUUGUUCAUGUACUUUUUGGCAACCAAUUACUACUGGAUCCUGGUGGAGGGUCUGUACCUCCACAGUCUCAUCUUUAUGACCUUCUUCUCGGACAGAAAGUAUCUGUGGGGAUUUACUCUGAUUGGAUGGGGCGUACCAGCUAUGUUUGUGACAGUUUGGGCAACAGUGAGAGCUACAUUUGCAGACACAGAGUGUUGGGACCUGAGUGCCGGCAAUUUGAAAUGGAUAUAUCAAGUGCCUACUCUGGCUGCUGUAGUGGUUAAUUUUAUAUUAUUUCUGAACAUCAUCAGAGUUUUGGCAACUAAACUACGAGAAACGAACGCUGGAAGGUGUGACACAAGACAACAGUACAGAAAACUGUUGAAGUCCACGUUGGUGCUGAUGCCGCUCUUCGGUGUCCACUACAUCAUAUUCCAUGCCAUGCCGUAUACAGAGGUGUCUGGAGUUCCUUGGCUGAUCCAGAUGCACUAUGAGAUGCUAUUCAACUCCUUCCAGGGAUUCUUAGUGGCAAUUAUAUACUGCUUUUGCAAUGGAGAGGUGCAAGCUGAGAUAAAAAAGUCCUGGAGCAGGAGGACUCUGGCCCUGGACUUCAAAAGAAAAGCUCGGAGCGGCAGUAACACUUACAGCUAUGGACCCAUGGUGUCACACACCAGUGUCACCAACGUCACUGCCAGAGGACCACUGGCCCUCCACCUCACCACGAGACUGGGACCGGUACCUGUAAACGGGCACCGGAACCUCCCUGGGUACGUGAAGAAUGGCUCUGUCUCAGAGAACUCUAUACCUUCAUCAGGACAGGAACUUCACAUUCCUGAUGAGGAGCAUUCAGCUCACACGCGGCCCUGCGAGGACGAGAAACCCUCGCCUGUGGUGGAGGAGGAGAGGGAGACAGUCAUGUGACCUCCAGGACAUACAGGGAUGAAAACGGGGGCAAAAAAACAAAACAAAAACAAAAACAAAUCAUGAAACAGUCUCAGGAUGGUCUGAAGGGGAUGGCUGCAUACAUCAACACUGCCAGUUUUUUCUCCUGUGAAUUGAGCCAGAACAUUGUCGAGUGAUGAGGCUCAAGGAAAAAAGGGUGUAUCACUUAUGUGAGCUGGGCCACCUUUAUUUGAGGAUGAUGACCCUCAUUGUUGUGGCAAAUACUCUCAACUCUUUCACCAACCACCUGCCACAGUGAAUGUGUAAAAGGAUGAAAACAGACUGCCGUUUCUUCUUUCUUUUUCCACUGCCAUAACUGUUGUUAUCUUGUUUUCUUGUUUUUAGCAAAUGUCUUGUUCUCAGCAUAAAUCAAACCAGAGUUAGUUACAGUAAUUGCCAGGAACAGCCUUAAUCACGAUGUAAAGCCAGGUGGAUUUAAGCGCUCAUGUGUGGGCAAUUUCAUCCGCAAGUUUCUCGGAUUAAGUCAGUGCGAGUAGACUAAGCGUAGGCUUGGCUUUAAAAAAGUAUUAAUACUACUAUUUUGAGGCAUCUGUUCAUGCUUUCCAGCAUGGCAUCUCAUUUGUUGUGCAUUGACUCAAAUCCACUUCAGUGUAAAAGGGAAGGUACUCAGGUAAUUGAAGUCCUCUGUUGUUGCACACCUAUUUUUCUACUUUUAAAGUGGUGUUUUGGCAUGGUCAGCAUUUCUCUGAGCAUGUUAUACAAGGUCAUGUUAAAUCUUUUUUUUUUUUUUUUUUUUUUCAAAACGUUGUACAGUUUUUGCUGUUUAGAGAAACCUAUUAUUCAUCUCUCUAAUUAGAAUACACAGCAAAGAGUUCAAAUGAAUGUUUCAUUUUCAGAUUCAGAACUUAAUGGAAAUCUGACAAAAAUGGUAUCAUGUGUUCUCACACAUUUUUCAAAGCGAGCGACCCCAUUUUGAAAAACACAGCGUGCAGGAAACGGUCAUAUAUUCCAGAGGAAUGUUAAUUAAAUGAGGAAUCCAAGAAAAUCUCAAAUUCCGCUGGAAUUCCAAGAGCAACAUUUGUGGUGGAUAUGAAGGAAAACCCAUGAAAUGAAUAACACACAGUAAUUUUCACAGACGGUCCAGUGUUAUGCUGCUUUUUAAUGUAUAUAUACAAGUCACAAUGUUUACAAAGAUCAGAAAUACAUUCUAAUUGUGAGCUAAUAGUGUUCAUGUGUAUGGAUAUGUUAUAAAGCUAUGUUUCAGUGUAUUUUUUUUUUCAUGUGUUUGUUUAUGGAAUGUUUGCAAUAUUUGAUUAUGUAUAUAGUCCAAAACAAAACUGGUGAUUAUAUUUACAGGUGACAGAGGGCAAUUAAUGAAGCAUUCCUCAAUAUAUUUUAAACUCUGUAACUUGUUAUUUACCGCACUUAACCUGCAUGGUUGGCAGGUUAUGUAACAUUAUCUGUUAUACCAAAGAGAAAAGGCAUGAUAUGCUGCCAGAGAAAAAAAAAAAACAUCCUUGUAUUUUCGUCCACCAUCUUGUUUACAGUGACCAAAAAGUCUUAAAGUUGCAGUAAAAUCACCUUUCGGCAAAAA